UUCGCUCGGCUCACAUUUUCCAGCUAUUACAAGUCAAUUAUUUGAAAGUCUACAAACAACAAUAUAUAGAUUUUCAGAAACAUGUCACUCAUUUUUCAUGUGUACAGAUGUUUUUACAUAUAAAUGCUCUUACUUGGGUUACGUGUUGACGCGGGUUGCUAUGGUUACGGAAGUGGUCCCGUGCAGCAGAGGCAUCAGAGGAGACAUGUCUGCGCAGAGCUGGACUCAGAGUUUAAAGUCCUCGAGGAAAACAGCUCUGAUACACGAUGGAAAAAGGAAGAUCCACUACCUCUUCACAGAUGGAAAAGAAAUGGCUGAAGAGUAUGACUUGAAAACAGAUGAGCUCAUUGUAAGGAAGUGGCGUAAUAAAAGCACACUUGGAGCUCAGGGCCAAUGGCAGGUAGAGGUUGGGGAGCCACUUGCAAGCCCUGUUGCGUCUUCGGAGGCUGUGAUCAAGGAGAACUACUCCAAUCCUGUGUUCACUCGUGCAGACACAAAGAGCAGCUUUCGGUGGAGAAUCCGCAACCUUCCCUAUCCUAAAGAAGUCUUCAGUGUUUUUGCGGAGCCAUCUGAGAGAUGCAUCAUCAUAAAGACCUCAAACAAAAAGUAUUAUAAAAAGUUUAGUAUUCCUGAUCUGGAGCGCUGUGAGCUGCCAUUCGACCAGUCUGCCCUCAGCUUCACUCAAGCCAACAACACUCUGAUUGUCAGCUACAAGAAACCCAAAGAGAUCUUAACCCUUGAGCAGGAGCUACUGAAGGAGCUGAAGAAACUGAAGGGAACUGGAGAUGGGAACGUCGACUGCAAAACUCAGUGAAUUGUGACGGUGGGAGCGAGAGAAAAGUUCUGCAUUGCAUUUAAAGCAGAAGCACACAACGUCAUUUUUUUCAUGUGAGCUCCCGUUUGACUUACUAUAGUGAGUCCCUUCACUCCGAAUCCCUUCUCUCAGUGCCUUAUUCAUAGGAUAGUUUCUCAACUGUGGCCCAUUUAAUAGCGGUCGAUGUGUUUCUCAGCCCCACCGUCAGAUUUAUUAACUUUACCGUUGGACCAUGAGGUUUUUUCUCUAAAUAAUUUCCAUCAAAGAAGUUGAAUUGCAUAAAAUAUUUGUUUAUGUGGAAUUUAAUAUAUCGCAACGACAUGUAUUUUUUUUACUCCUUGUCACCAAAGCUACCGGGGAGCCAUUUACAUGGCAGGGUCACAUAACCAGCAACCCUCCUUUCAUUGAUGUCCUUGUAAAACACUCAAAACACACAAUGCCUCAUCCCUGUUCGUUCCGGGGUCACUGUUACGAGCACAACCCAUUUGUGUUAACUGAAUAUCCUUAUGUUCCUUGCAUGUAGUGGGCCACCCUGAAAGCCAUUACUGAAACUAGUGUUACCAUUUCCCAUUAGAGCAAAGGGUCACUCUGACGCAGUGGUCUGCAGCUAAAACUCCAGUGCAACUGUUUCAGAGUUGUUUUACAAAUGGGCCUAAUGUUGAGGAAUAUAAAGUCAGAGGCUGACAUGUUUGUUAUAUGAAAUUCAGAGAGAAUAAAUUACAUGUACAGAGAGAAAUAAUAUAGCUCCUUGCUUCAAUGUGAUGUUUGAUAAGUUCAUUUUAAAAACUACUGUCUGAAAUACUUAGACAGUGGAUAAAAAAAGAGACAAUGGUAUUUAAAUAUAGAUCGUUUCAACCUUG